ACUCCACCUUGUACACGCCUAUCGACAGCAUCGCGGCGGUUUGAAUUACUCAUCACGCAAGACUAGAGACGCGACAUGCCUGCCCAUCGCGGAAGGUUGAGGGGCAGGCGCCAUCAUGUGAGCAGGCGUAGCGGACAGUCGCGACGCGUCGGCGUCAACAGUCGGCUACAACCAGCCCUGUAGCUACCCCGCCCCACCACGAUGAGAAGCUCGACGCGCGCAUCCAACAACUUCUUAUUCCCGCCCUGCGCAAAUUGACGUCUUUGGCUGCCACGCACCGGCCCAAACUCAAAUUCUCUCCAAACUCCCUCUCGCCCUUUCAGACCCCACAAUGGACUUGGCCGAAGAGCCACCCCUGGUGACUCCCGACGCCGAACGCCCCGAUGCCUCGAUAGACGUUACUCACUCGCUCGAAUACUGGAACAGCGUCUCGCCAGACGUCAAUGGCAUGCUGGGCGGCUUUCCUCAAACCUCGCGCAUCGACCUGCAGGGUUCUUCCAACUUCCUGACCAAAUUGCGCCGUGGCAAAUCCCAGGCCUCAAAAGAACCCCUGCAGCCUCUGGAACGUGUAGCAGACUGCGGUGCGGGUAUCGGACGAAUAACAAAGGGCCUGCUGCUGGGUGUGAGCAACAAGGUGGACAUAGUAGAGCCGGUGAAGAAGUUCACAGACGAGUUGGUGCAGAGCCUCGGAAACGGAGAAUACGCCGGUGACGGAGAGAGCAAAGAUAGAAAGGGUCAGGUGGGCGAGGUCAUAAACCUAGGCUUGCAGGACUGGAUACCUGAGCCCGGCGCGUACGACGUGAUUUGGAACCAGUGGUGUGUGGGACACUUGACCGACGCCCAACUCGUUGUCUACCUACGCCGUUGUAGCGAGGGCUUGAAAAAGGCGGCCCAAGGAGAUGCGACAAGCAAGAGCUGGGUCGUAGUCAAGGAGAACAUGUCUACCGACAUCCACCACAAGGACAUCUACGACGAUGAGGACUCGAGCGUCACGCGGUCAGACAAAAAGUUCAGAGCCUUGUUCCAAGAGGCGGGGCUGAAGAUUGUAGCAACGGAGCAACAAAGAGGAAUGCCCAGGGAACUAUUCCCCGUUAGGAUGUACGCACUCAGACCCGAGUAGGUGCAUAGGCAGUCCUGCUGUUAGUGAGUUAGGGUGUCAGGCGCAGGAACUAUGAUACCCCAGAAGACUUUAGAUGAAUCGACUCAAUUACCAUGCUUGC